AGGUGGAUGGUCAGAAGGAGGAGCAGAGGAGGCGUGCCAUAGAGGGAGUUGUGGACAUCACAAAGCUCUGCCUGAUGGAGAUGAACCAGGAGAAACUGGCCGACACACUGUUGGGCGCAUCUGAUGCCGUCGAUUGCCAACAAAAAAUUAAGUCUCAUUUGCGGGAGAAGUUCAGGUGUAUGAUUGAGGGAAUCGCUAAAGCAGGACAGCGAACCGAUCUGAAUGACUUCUUCACAGAGCUCUUUAUCACAGAGAGAGACAGUGGAGAGGUCAACAAGGAACAUGAGGUCAGACUGAUUGAAACAGCUUCCAGGAAACCAGCAAAUGAGGAAAUACCAAUCAGAUGUGAGGACAUCUUUAAACCCUUACCUGGACAAGAUAAACCAAUCAGGAGAAUAAUGACAACUGGAGUGGCUGGCAUUGGUAAAACCGUCUUAACGCACAAGUUCACUCUGGGCUGGGCUGAAAGCAAAACCAACCAGGACAUACACUUCACAUUUCUCCUCACUUUCAGAAAGCUGAAUUUACUGAAAGGGAAAGAGUUUAGCUUGGUGGAACUGCUUCAUCACUUCUUUAUUGAGACCAAAGAAGCAGGAAUCUGCAGAUUCCACCGGUACCAAGUUGUCUUCAUCUUGGAUGGUCUGGAUGAAUGUCGACUUCCUCUGGACUUCCAGAAAAACCCGAUCUGGACUGAUGUCACAAAAUCCACCUCGGUGGACGUGCUGCUGACAAACCUCAUCAGGGGCGUCCUGCUUCCCUCCGCUCGCAUCUGGAUAACCACACGCCCUGCGGCAGCCAAUCAGAUCCCUGCUGAGUGUGUUGACAUGGUGACAGAGGUGAGAGGGUUCACCGACCCAAAGAAGGAGGACUACUUCAGGAAGAGAUUCAGAGAGGAGCCGCUGGCCAGCACAAUCAUCUCCCACAUCAAGAAAUCACGAAGCCUCCACAUCAUGUGUCACAUCCCAGUCUUCUGUUGGAUCACUGCUACAGUUCUGGGGGACUGCUUCAAAACAUCCCAGAAAGUAGAAAAGAUGCCCAAGACCGUGACUCAGAUGUACAGCCACUUUCUGAGGGUUCAGUCCAUACAGGGGGACAGGAAGUAUCAUGGGAGAGCUGAAACAGAUCCAAAAUGGAGUUCAGAGAGCAGGGAGAUCAUUGUUUCUCUUGGAAAACUGGCUUUUAACCAGCUGGAGAACGGCAACCUGAUCUUCUACGAGGCAGACCUGGUAGAGUGUGGCAUCGAUAUCAGAGCAGCCUCAGUGUACUCAGGAGUGUUCACCCAGAUCUUUAAAGAGGAGUGUGGGCUGUACCAGGACAAAGUGUUCUGCUUUGUCCAUCUGAGCAUCCAGGAGUUUCUGGCUGCCCUUCAUGUCUUCUGGUCCUUUAUCAACACUGGGUACAAUCUGCUUACAGAAGAACCACCCUCCUCUGGGGAAGAUAAACUCCUCCUCCUCUACCAGAGUGCUGUGGACAAGGCCUUACAGAGUAAGAAUGGACACCUGGACUUGUUCCUCCGCUUCCUCCUGGGCCUCUCUCUGGACACCAAUCAGAUUGUCCUACGAGGUCUGCUGGGACAGACAAGAAGUAGCUCACAAACCAAUGAGAAAACAGUGUCUUACAUCAAGAUGAAGUUAGAUGGUGAUCUCGCUCCAGAGAGAAGCAUCAAUCUGUUCCACUGUCUGAAUGAGCUGAACGACCGUUCUCUAGUGGAGGAGAUCCAACGGUCCCUGACAUCAGGAAGUCUCUUCGAAACACAUGUCUCUCCUGCUCAGUGGUCAGCUCUGGUCUUCAUCUUACUGUCAUCAGAAAAGGAGCUGGACGUGUUUGACCUGAAUAAAUACUCAGCUUCAGAGGAGGGACUUCUGAGGCUGCUGCCAGUGAUCAAAGCCUCUAAAAGAUCUCUGCUGAAUGGCUGUCAUCUGUCAGAGAGAUGCUGUGAAGCUCUGGCCUCAGUUCUCAGCUCCAACUCCUCUAGUUUGAAAGAGCUGGACCUGAGUAUCAAUGAUCUGCAGGAUUCAGGAGUGAAGCUGCUCUCUGCUGGACUGGAGAGUCCACACUGUACACUGGAAACUCUCAGGCUUAAUGGCUGUCAUCUGUCAGAGACAUGCUGUGAAGCUCUGGCCUCAGUUCUCAGCUCCAACUCCUCUAGUCUGAGAGAGCUGGACCUGAGUACCAAUGAUCUGCAGGAUUCAGGAGUGAAGCUGCUCUCUGCUGGACUGGGGAGUCCACACUGUACACUGGAAACUCUCAGGCUGACUGGCUGUCAUCUGUCAGAGAGAUGCUGUGAAGCUCUGGCCUCAGUUCUCAGCUCCAACUCCUCUAGUCUGAGAGAGCUGGAUCUGAGUACCAAUGAUCUGCAGGAUUCAGGAGUGAAGCUGCUCUCUGCUGGACUGGGGAGUCCACACUGUACACUGGAAACUCUCAGGUCAGUUUUACUCAAUGGUCAAACAGUUACUCCACAAGUUCUACAUCAGAGGAUAGUUAUAAACCCAGCUUGUAACUCAGUACCUGUGAUGACCACAUGCAUGACUUUGUAUCAUUGGAGAUGCGACACCUUGUUGUUAGGAUGGAUAUUCUAAUACAUCCAUAUGCCUGCAACCUUUCAAUUAUAAACAUAAAAUUAACUCAAAAUAUAAUACUAUUGCCCCCCCACUGUCCCCUGUAUACGGGACAAUGAUAGUUUAGAGCGGGGUGAAGUACAGGGGGUCUUUGGAGGGUCUUACCCCUAGCUGGACUCCUCAGACCCCCUGAAAGCCUCAACAGAAAAAUUUUGGAGGAUCUCUGGAAAGAAUGAUUUGAAACUUGCAAUUGUCAAACAAAACGUGUUUUAAAGCUUACUAUUCCAGUACUCAUUAUUUAAAUAGCUAAUUCUUUACUCACAAAUAUGAAUAGGAUACAGAAUAACAUUGUUAUAUUGUGUACUUGUGAAGAGACAAACUCAUCAGAGCUCUAUUCAUUAUGAACUAAUAAAUAAGGAAAGCCAAGGAUUAAUACUUGUUAAUUGAUGGUUAAGUCCAGCUGUAUUUCAACAGCUGUAAGCAGUGGUGUAGUGGUUCUGGGAGAAGUGGGGAUACUCUAAAUGUCUUAAAGCGCCCUGUGUUAUAAACAGUAACAUUAAGACUACUCUUGCAUCUUUAGUGCACCCAUAAAUGGGCCAGUAAAGUUGGGACAUUGUCACUUAACUUGUGUUGCUUGGCCAGGAUUGACUUUGCAUCAGUCCUGGCCCACAGACUAUAGGGUGAGACCACUACAUUAUUAUGCAUUCUGAGUGAACUAUUCCUGGUUCCUUAGUCCAUCCACAGAUGGAAAUUGGACAACUAUCGGCCAGUCGUUUAUUUAGUAAACUGUCUCUUGUCCAGAUGAUGAUGGCCAGAGUGCUGCCAUUAGAAAAUUAACAUAUUUGGCAAAGGGGGUUUGCAAAUAUUACUGCAAGGUAUUGUAUGUUACUUAUCUUAAAUGUAUUUAAAGUUUCACAUGAAUACAUUUUAAAUUGUAAUAGAUUAAGUUGUUGUUGUGAGCACUGCUUCAUACAGCAGGUCUGAACAUCACUGACUGCUUUAAUGAGUCACUUAAACCGUUAAAACUGAGCAUGAAUCACAGGAAGGCCUGGGCCCGUGCACUGAUCUUUCAUUUGUUUUCUGACAUUAAAAUGUCGUCUCCUUUUGGGGCCAUCACCAGUUUGCACCCCUGAUAAUAAUACUUUUGAUCAUGUUAGUGGUUUCCCUGAUGGAUCUGUAAUCUAGAUGGUAGUACAAUCUAACAGAGUUCUAGGUAAAGGUGAUACUUUAAUCAAGUGAAAUAUAAAGAAGUCAAAGUCCUGUGGGUAUAGUGGACCUCGCUCCACAGCGGAAUAGAGACUAGGGCUUGGGGCGCUACAAUGCUGAUAUAUUAUGUGGCCGUUGAAUACCCGCUUGUUUCCGGGAAGGCCUUCUUCCACGGGUGGCGCUGUGGCAAAUGGUCCCAAUCCAAAUGUGGAGUGGUUUAGAAAACCUAACGUAUUAUGUGUGAGAAGCUUUCUCUUGGCCAUCUUGAACCGCUGGUCAGAAGGAGCUCCACACAUCCACACACACCUCGCCUCCGGUGUCCCUUCACUGGACCAGGAAGUGCUUCAUAUAAGGACCUUCUACGUCACCAAGGAAACGCCACUUGUGUUUGGAGUAGGACGGUCACAAACUGGUUGGCAGACUGGAAAAAUGCAGGAUUUUAAACGUGUGUGUG